UAUGGAAGCUACCAGAGUGGCAUCAGGAAUUCGGCACCAUGUGUUCGUCUAUGGAACUCUCAAGAGUGGAGAGAGGAACCACAACAUUUUGAAUGACGCCAACAACGGCCGCUCUACGCUAGUUGGCCAGGCGAGGACGAUCAAGAAAUGGCCCCUGGUUCUCCUGUCCGCGUUUGAGUUACCGUGUCUCCUGCCCUGCGAUGGUGUGGGCCACGAAGUAUGCGGCGAAGUCUACCAAAUGGAUGCGCGGAUGUUGGAGGUCGUGGACCACCUCGAGUGGCACCCCCGCCUAUACGUUAGGUCGCAGGAAGACAUAGAGUUGCUUUCGCAGGGCGGUGGCAGGCUCAAAGCGUGGAUCUACUUUGUGCGUGAAUUCGAUCGACAACUGCUGUCGCUUCCUUACUUGGUGAACUUCACCGGAAAACCGGGGAUCGAGUGGCCAGAGUUUAUCGGCGACAAUGAGGAAACACGACGCUUCAUAGAGGCCACAUUUCCAGAAAUCAUCAGAACCGGGGACACCAACGAAGGCCAGCUUUCAGAAUAGCUUGAAACGUUUUAGAGAUACCUAUACCGAAGCUUUUCUUAGGAGGAGGAGGAUGUUUCCUUCACGUAGAUCUAGCCUUGCUUAACUUGCCCCGCAUUGCGGCGUCCUAGCACCGACUUUCCGCGCAAUUUAAGAAACCUUAAACCUGCAGGUACGCCAUUGAGUGCGUCCUCAUUCAA